CCAGAGAGAGAGAGAGAGAGAGAGAGGACUGAAGAUGGCACUUGGAAGCCUGAGAAGAAAAGCUCUGCUUGAUCUCGGCGGAAAUGGAGGACGAUUAGGGUUAGGGCUCGUGCGUGGCCUGAAGACCUUCACGCUGCCGGACCUUCCGUACGACUAUGGCGCUCUUGAGCCCGUCAUAAGCGCGGAGAUCAUGCUUCUCCACCACCAGAAGCACCACCAGACCUACGUAACAAACUACAACAAAUCCCUAGAGCAGCUCGACCACGCCAUCGACAAGGGGGACGUUUCCACCACCGUCAAAUUGCAGAGCUCCGUCAAAUUCAACGGCGGAGGUCAUUUAAACCACUCCAUUUUCUGGAAGAAUCUCGCUCCUGUUAACGAAGGGGGCGGUGAGCCUCCAAAGGGCUCGCUGGGAUGGGCCAUUGAUACGCAGUUUGGGUCACUGGAGUCUCUGAUUCUGAAAAUCAACACAGAAGGUGCUGCACUGCAAGGCUCUGGAUGGGUGUGGCUUGCUCUUGACAAAGAAUUUAAGAAACUUUCUAUUGAGACCACAGCUAAUCAGGAUCCGCUUGUGACAAAGGCGGCAACUUUAGUUCCUCUGCUGGGAAUUGAUGUUUGGGAGCAUGCGUACUACUUACAGUACAAAAAUGUUAAACCCGAUUAUCUGAAGAACAUAUGGAAGGUUAUUAACUGGAAAUAUGUGAGUGAAGUGUUCGAGAAAGAGUCUCCUUGAGGCGACAGGCGAAUAACAUGAUCACUCGCUGAGUGGGUUCAGUUCCUAAAUGUAGGAGUUUCUUAUGUCUGUACAGAAAUAAUAAAUCAUCCGUGUACAUGGAAGUCCAAGCUACGAAAUCUGCUGUAUGUUUGUUGUUCUUGUGUUUUAGCUUCUUUGGGGCUGAUCUUUUGGAUUGUCUUCCCUCUUUUAUGUAAACCCUUUGAGUUUCAAAUAAGACUUGUAAGUUGAGAUAGUCAAUACUCAAUAGUCAAUACUCGAUCACGAAGCUCAAUUUUGUGGA